CCUGGCUGAGGGACACUGGGCACUGCAGAGACCAGGGCAGGUUUGGGUCACAGGUGGCACCGGGGACUCGUUGGGCCUCCUUUGGACAGCGGAGAAGACCUUUCCUCCAGCCCAGGACUGCAGAGGGCCGGCUCUGAGGAGCCAUGAACACAGAGGGCCCCAGCCCCCUCAUGACUCCCGUCACUCCGGGGAGCCCUGUGGAGGCAGCUGACCCCCUCCCCGUGCUCAUUGCCUUGGCCUGCAUCUUCCUCCUGCUGGCCUCCUGCCUGCUCUUCAUGACCCUUUGCAAACCAGCUGCGCUGGACCCAAGCCGCCAGGCUCGGGAGUGCAUGCCCCACCACCCCGGGAGCCCCAGCGAGCCCCGGCUCCGGCUCUGGAAGCGCCUGGGCUCCCUGCGCUGCUCCCUGCACAGCUUCCGUCGUGGCCGGCCCGCACCUCGACGCUCCCUGCCAGACCACAAAGACAACCAUGAUUGGGAGGGCACGGAAUCUACCAAGAUGUGA